CGCACAAGCCCAAGUGCACGGUCUGCUCUUUUGUUUCUCUCUCCGCUGAGGGUCCGUUCUCAGUAUCUGCGCCGCAACUAAGAAGAAAGAGAAAACAUGCAGCAGUAGCGCCUCUGGCGCCAACAACUCCUCAUUCUAUCCUCACCGCCUGACCUGAUACGACAACCGCACACCUCAUCUUUUGGCUGCGCCCUUCUCCCUCCCACAGCAUCCUGCCAACACACCAAACUCUCCAGUCAUCUCAAAUCUUACUAUAUCCCUAUAACCACAAACUCUUUAGGCUCGGGAGCCCGCGCUUUCGAUCUUUCUGUCGUCCCUGGCCUUGUUGUGAGGAGCUUUGGCCGCCCGGGCCUGGUCAGCGAUCCUUCGUUUCUGUCACUCUUUCAACCCACCACGGUUCCUCCUUUGUUAGAACUUAGCCGCUCUCCGCGUAAGCCACCUCAUGACAUUGACACCCAGCCUGUCACGCGUCCACACCUUUGAAUGAGACUCGAAUGUCCACGAACCGUUGACGAUAUUCUCUUCGACUCUCGCAGCCCGUCUCACUGCACCUGGAUCAGCCUUAUUUGGUCAGCACCAAAGAUUAUAAUAUUUCUUGGACCGAAUCGUUAAUAGAAAGAGCACACCUGUGCGCGCAGCUUGCGGAGACAUCAGGGUAUCGACAGCUACGCCUUGGAUUAAAGGGGCAUCGGCAAACUGUGCCCUCUGUCCGUUCGAGAGCAAAAUACACCUGUGCUACGUAUCUGCCUCCUUCUUACAUUCAAAUCUUGGAUACUUUCUGCGCUCGUCAGGAAGAGGCUGUACAGACAUAAACUACAUCCGUCGGAGAAUAUCGAGGUUCCAUUGACCUGGGGCAAGGAGGUUGUUGUCCGACAGGAAGGGCGGCCGGCUACCUGCAGUCGGCCCUGUGAAUGACAUCUCAGGAGACACAAAUAUGCCUAGGGCUUCGGGCUUGCCCUUCCUCAAUUUGUCUCCGAAAAACAAUGAAGAAUUAAACGGCCUGACGCCUGCGACAUUGAGCCCUCGCUCAACGGGCUCUCCGCACACUCCAGGUUCCGCGCCAGGUUCACCUUUUUUGCAGGAGCCACCGACGCCGUCGCUAAUGAACCCUCUUUCUGCGUCGUCCCAUAAUGUCAAUGGUGGAUAUCGAUCGGGGCCAAAUUCCCCUAGAAUUACGGCUAUGCCCGAAUUCCCUCCCUCCCCCGGUCCAGUACCGCAUUCACCGAAACAUGGACGCGAGGCAUCCAAAGGGUUCUUCUCAAAUUUGAUGGCCUCCAAAUCCUCCCACAAAUUACAAUCUUCAGAGGCAAGCAUUCCAGAAGCCGGUGAAAAACCGGCAGGGAGAAGCCGAGCGAGUUCGAAAGACAGGUCGUUGCAUUCUGUGAAGAAACAAGGCUCGACUCCAGAUUUACCCCAGAUGGGUUCGACCAGUGGUCCUUUGACUGGCAAUGAUGCUGCUCCUUCAGAAUACUCAAGUCAGCAAACCUCUAGUCAGCAGACCUCUAGUCAACAAACCUCCACAGAGCCCGCACAAGGUCACAAGAAGGGCAAGUCGAAGCUUGGAGGCAUACUAACAAGGACAAAGACCCUGAAGCUGGAGGACCCCCUACCAAGACCGAAAGGCACAAUCCCGAGUCAAAUUCAUGUUGACACGGCACACCACAACAACGACAAGCUGGAACCGUCCCCUAAGACCGCUCCCCUCAAGAUUGAUCAUAGAGAAAGAGCAUUUGGACAUGAAAGAGCCCCUAACACGAGAAAUCACUCAGCGGAUCGUUAUGUCCGCGAGGAAUCCAAUUUGAGCAGGAGGGAACGUCAAACAGGCAAUGUUCCACUCUCACAAUCCUUCAGAGAGGGUUCCACCCUUCAGAUAUUGUCAAACAUUGGGCAAACUGGUAAAGGCAUGAGUGAUCGUCUGGGCAAGGCUGGUAAAGGCUUCUUCGGCAAGAUCACACGAAGCGGGAGCAGCAAUGAACGUGAAAUUGUCACGGAUGACAAUUAUAUCUGUACUACCAUCAAUCUGCCCCUGGUCAAGCAAACUCGCAAAACCAGAAUAGCUCGUCGACUUGAAUUGUCGAAGGACAAGACGGAGUUCUGGAUGCCUGCGCUGCCAUGGCGCUGCAUUGAUUAUUUGAACAUGAACGGCUCUGAAGAAGAAGGCCUGUAUCGAAUUCCGGGAAGCGGUAAAGAAGUCAAACAUUGGCAACGCCGUUUCGACACCGAAUAUGAUAUCAAUCUCUUCGACGAGCCGGAAUUAUACGAUAUCAACACUAUCGGCUCCAUGUUUAAGUCGUGGUUACGAGAACUCCCGGACGAGAUCCUGCCAAAGUCCAUACAAAACAAAGUGGCUACUCAAUGCGCUGGCGCAACAUCAGCACCUCAACUUCUGAAGGAUGAACUCUCCUCUCUGCCGCCCUUCAAUUACUAUCUGCUCUUUGCUAUCACCUGCCACCUGAGUCUACUUCAUAGCUAUGCCGACAAAAACAAAAUGGACUACCGAAAUCUGUGCAUUUGCUUCCAACCCUGUCUUAAAAUCGAUGCGUUUUGCUUUCAGUUUCUCGUCAUGGACUGGAAGAAUUGUUGGCAGGGAUGCUGGACAGAGAAAGAAUACCUCGACGAGGAGUAUCGCUUUCAGCGCGAAGGUUCCGUGGGCGAGAGUGAAGAUCUCGCUGUGGACGACAGAGCCAUCUCAUCAAGUGGCAGUAGUCAGCCACAAGCGGCUCCUGUGCCACCUCGCAGCGCGGAUGCCGCUGCUCAACGAAAGUCAAUGGCACCAAAGACAAAACAAAGGAGUUUGUCUUCAGGCGCGGGGUCUAGGGAUAGAUCCAACAGCGGCCAUGCGACGACUCAGAGCGUGCCCGCAGUACCAAGAAUGGUCACACCUGAACCCCCUAAAGUGUCGCUCGACCAGAAGUUGCCCGAGUUGACGGGUCUUUCGCCGAUCAGGAUGUAGAUUGGUUUAUUACACUAUUCACCAGAUACCCCUUUUUACGACGCAUCAGUGGAAUGGAGAGGAGCUUGAAAGAAUUCAUCAGUGAUUUUGAUUGCUGUCUGCAUGUUGCUGAGCGAUUGCUGGAUGGAGCUCAUGGAGCUCUUGAAAAUUUGGCUGUAUUAUCUAGCUGGUUGGAGACUAGCAUUGACGUCUUUUUUACGCUUUGCAUUGCUUUUUCACCUUGGUCUUUGGACUAUUAUGCGUUGGAGAAAAGAGGAUGCAGAGAGAGUGGGAGAAAACCGAGGCCAUAAGCCCCAUGUGUAUGAUUAGGUGGAUGAGGCAGACGAGCCUUUCGAGAUCGAAUAGAUGGACUUGAAUUUCGGAGAG